CGUCCCAGGCCUACAACCUGACCUCUGCUCUCAUGCGCAUCCUCACACGCUCCCGCGUGCUCAACGAGGAGCACCUGACGCUGGCGGGCGAGGAGAUCGUGGCCCAGGGCAAGCGCUCGGACCCACGGAGCCUGCUGUGCUAUGGCGGCGCCCCAGGGUCUGGCUGCCACUUCUCCAUCCCCUAGGCUUUCAGCAGGGCCCUGGCCAACCUCAGUGACGUGGUGCAGCUCAUCUUUCUGGUGGACUCCAAUCCCUUUCCCUUUGGCUAUAUCAGCAACUACACCGUCUCCACCAAGGUGGCCUCGAUGGCGUUCCAGACACGGGCCGGCGCCCAGAUCCCCAUCGAGCGGCUGGCCUCAGAGCGCGCCAUCACCAUGAAGGUGCCCAACAACUCGGACUGGGCUGCCCGGGGCCACCGCAGCUCUGCCAACUCCGUUGUGGUCCAGCCCCAGGCCUCCGUCGGUGCUGUGGUCACCCUGGACAGCAGCAACUCUGCGGCCGUGCUGCAUCUGCAGCUCAACUAUACGCUGCUGGACGGCCGCUACCUGUCUGAGGAAUCCGAGCCCUACCUGGCAGUCUAUCUGCACUCGGAGCCCCGGCCCAAUGAGCACAACUGCUCGGCUAGCAGGAGGAUCCGCCCAGAGUCACUCCAGGGUGCCGACCACCGGCCCUACACCUUCUUCAUUUCCCCGGGGAGCAGAGACCCAGUGGGGAGUUACCAUCUGAACCUCUCCAGCCACUUCCGCUGGUCGGCGCUGGAGGUGUCCGUGGGCCUGUACGCGUCCCUGUGCCAGUACUUCAGCGAGGAGGACAUGGUGUGGCGGACAGAGGGGCUGCUGCCCCUGGAGGAGACCUCGCCCCGCCAGGCCGUCUGCCUCACCCGCCACCUCACCGCCUUCGGCGCCAGCCUCUUCGUGCCCCCAAGCCAUGUCUGCUUUGUCUUUCCUGAGCCGACAGCGGAUGUAAACUACAUCGUCAUGCUGACAUGUGCUGUGUGCCUGGUGACCUACAUGGUCAUGGCCGCCAUCCUGCACAAGCUGGACCAGUUGGAUGCCAGCCGGGGCCGCGCCAUCCCCUUCUGUAGGCAGCGGGGCCGCUUCAAGUACGAGAUCCUCGUCAAGACAGGCUGGGGCCGGGGCUCAGGUACCACGGCCCACGUGGGCAUCAUGCUGUAUGGGGUGGACAGCCGGAGCAGCCACUGGCACCUGGACGGCGACAGAGCCUUCCACCGCAACAGCCUGGACAUCUUCCGGAUCGACCCGCACAGCCUGGGUAGCGUGUGGAAGAUCCAAGUGUGGCACAACAACAAAGGGCUCAGCCCUGCCUGGUUCCUGCAGCACAUCAUCGUCAGGGACCUGCAGACGGCACACAGCACCUUCUUCCUGGUCAAUGACUGGCUUUCGGUGGAGACGGAGGCCAACGGGGGCCUGGUGGAGAAGGAGAUGCUGGCUGCGAGCGACGCAGCCCUGUUGCGCUUCCGGCGCCUGCUGGUGGCUGAGCUGCAGCGCGGCUUCUUUGACAAGCACAUCUGGCUCUCCAUAUGGGACCGGCUGCCUCGUAGCUGUUUCACUCGCAUCCAGAGGGCCACCUGCUGCGUUCUUCUCAUCUGCCUCUUCCUGGGCGCCAACGCCGUGUGGUACGGGGCUGUUGGUGACUCUGCCUACAGCACGGGGCGUGUGUCCAGGCUGAGCCCGCUGAGCGUCGACACAGUCGCUGUUGGCCUGGUGUCCAGCGUGGUUGUCUAUCCCGUCUACCUGGCCAUCCUCUUUCUCUUCUGGAUGUCCCGGAGCAAGGUGGGCUGGGGCUGGGGACCCGGGAGUAGUGGGAAUGGAGCCUGGGCCUUGGCACCAUGCCCAGGGCCGCCACUUUCCAGUGCUGCAGCCAGAGGGAAAGGCGUCCACCAAAGGCUGCUCGGGAAGGGUCAACACACUUGAGCAGCCUUAGCUAGACUGACCAGGGAGAAAGAGAGAAGACUCAGAAGCCAGAAUCGUGAAAGAACGAGGGCACUUUGCUAAGCAGACGCUACGGACAACUGCACAGCAGCACGCCAGAUAACUCAGAAGAAGCAAGCACGCGGCUGUGCACGCUUCCGAAAUGCACUCCAGAAGAAAAUCUCAGUACAUCUAUAGCAAGUGAAGAGGCCGAGUUAGUCCCUUAGAAACCUCCCAGUGGCCGGGCCGGGUGUGGUGGCUCACGCCUGUAAUCCCAACACUUCAGGAGGCCGAGGUGGGCGGAUCUGAGUCCAGGAGUCUGAGACCAGCCUGGGCAACAUAGCAAGACCCUAUCUAUAUAAAACAUUAAAAAGGGCCAGGCAUGGUGGCUCACGCCUGUAAUCCCAACACUUUGGGAGGCCGAGGCGGGCAGAUCACUUGAGGUCAGGAGUUCGAGACCAGCCUGGCCAACACAAUGAAACCCCGUCUCUACUACAAAUACAAAAACUUAGCUGGGCAUGGUGGCGGGUGCCUGUAGUCCCAGCUACUCGAGAGGCUGAGGCAGGAGAAUGGCAUGAACCCAGGAGGCGGAGCUUGCAGUGAGCCGAGAUUGUGCCACUGCACUCCAUCCUGGGCAACGGAGCAAGACUCCGUCUCCAAAAAAAAAAAAAAAAAAAAAAAAAAAAAUCC